AUGGCCAAAAAAUAUGAGGGGCCUGCAAUAGGAAUUGAUUUAGGCACCACAUACUCAUGUGUUGCUGUUUGGCAGGAAAAGAACAAUCGAGCUGAAAUCAUUCACAAUGAACAAGGAAAUAAAACCACUCCUUCCUUUGUUGCUUUCACUGAUACCCAAAGAUUGAUUGGUGAUGCUGCCAAAAAUCAGGCUGCAACAAACCCAUCAAAUACUAUCUUUGAUACAAAAAGGUUGAUUGGUAGGAAAUACAACGAUUCUGUUAUUCAGGAUGAUGCUAAGCUGUGGCCCUUUAAGGCCAUUGCUGGUAUGGAUGACAAACCCACCAUUGUUGUUAACUACAAGGGUGAGGAAAAACACCUAAUUCCUGAGGAAAUCUCAUCCAUGGUUCUCACAAAGAUGAAGGAGAUUGCUGAGGCAUUCUUGGGGUCUACAGUGAAGAAUGCAGGUCUCGCAUAUGGCCUUCAGAAGAAAUCUAGUUUUAUUGGAAAGCGAAAUGUUUUCAUCUUUGAUCUCGGGGGUGGCACUUUUGAUGUGUCUCUUCUUACAAUAAAAGAUGACAACUUUGAAGUGAAGGCCACUGCUGGUGAUACUCACCUUGGUGGGGAGGACUUUGAUAACAGAAUGGUGGACCAUUUUGUCAAGGAGCUCAAGAAGAAGCACAAGAAGGACAUAAGUGGUAACCCAAGAGCAUUAAGGAGAUUGAGAAGUGCUUGUGAGAGGGCAAAAAGGACACUCUCUUUUUCUGUUGACACCACCAUUGAGGUGGAUGCUUUAUAUGAGAGCAUUGACUUGUGUUCAUCAAUUACUCGUGCAAGAUUUGAGGAACUCAACAUGGAUCUUUUUACCAAGUGUAUGAAAACAGUUGAGAGAUGUCUUAAUGAUUCUAAGAUGGAUAAGUGUAGUAUACAUGAUGUUGUUCUUGUUGGUGGGUCUUCAAGGAUCCCUAAAGUGCUGCAACUAUUGCAGGACUUCUUCAAUGGAAAGGAACUGUGCAAGGGCAUUAACCCUGAUGAGGCUGUUGCGUAUGGUGCAGCUGUCCAGGUUGCUUUGUUGAGUGAAGGCAUUAAAAAUGUUCCAAACUUGGGAUUGUUGGAUGUUACACCUUUAUCUCUUGGUAUACAUAACACAGGAGAUAUCAUGAGUGUGAUGAUUCCUAGGAACAGUACAAUUCCUGUCAAGAUGACACAUAGAUAUGUUACAUGUUAUGAUAACCAAUCCAGAGUUUUGAUUCAGGUUUAUGAAGGUGAGAGAACAAGAGCCAGUGAUAACAAUUUGUUGGGGCUUUUUAAUCUUACUGGCAUUCCUCCUGCUCCACGCGGUCAUCCUCAUUAUGUGUGCUUUACUAUUGAUGAAAAUGGUAUCCUCACUGUUUCGGCUGAGGAAAGAACUACUGGUAAUAAGAACGAGAUUACCAUAACCAAUGAUAAAGAGAGGCUGUCAGCCAUAGAAAUCAGAAGAUUGAUUCUAGAAGCUGAGAAUUACAAGGCUGAAGAUGUGAAGUUUAAGAAGAAGGCUAGAGCAAUGAAUGCUCUAGAUGAUUACAUUUACGAUGUGAGAAAACUUAUGAAGAAUAAGUGCCUCACAUCUAAGCUUCUCUCAAUGGACCAGUUUAAGAUCAACUCAGCAAUUUUAAAGGGAAAAAAAUUGCUUCAAAAUGGCCAGCAAGAGGAGGAAUUUGUAUUUGUGGAGUUUUUAAGGGAGCUUAAGAGCAACUUCGAGUCUUGUAUGGCUAGGAUCAACAAUGGUUUGACUGAUGAGGAUAGUGAUGAGGAUUAAUUGUUAUUAAUAAAAUUGCAGUUAUUUGCUUUGCAUGCAUCAAUUUCAGCUCUCUCAUGUUUAGAAGUUGCUUAUUUUUCUUCUUGAUUAAUUGGAGUAUUUUCCUUUUUAUUUUUGUUAUUUUUUAUCAUAAAAUUUC